CUGCCGGAAAUGACGCCAGGCUCCGCGCCUCACGCCGGCCCCUGUGAAAGCGGCGUGGGAAACCCCGUCCUUCCUUUCGCGGCUGCUCUCGCGGACAGUUGGGCGCCAUGCCGGCCAAGGGACCCCUCCAGAGCGUGCAGGUUUUCGGCAGGAAGAAAACUGCUACUGCAGUAGCUCACUGCAAAAGAGGAAAUGGCCUUAUCAAGGUUAACGGCAGACCUCUGGAAAUGAUAGAGCCCAGAACUUUGCAGUAUAAACUGCUUGAACCAGUUCUUCUUUUGGGCAAGGAGCGCUUCGCAGGAGUUGACAUCAGAGUCCGUGUUAAGGGUGGUGGUCAUGUAGCGCAAAUAUAUGCAAUUCGGCAGUCCAUUUCCAAAGCAUUGGUGGCUUAUUACCAGAAAUAUGUGGAUGAGGCUUCCAAGAAGGAAAUAAAGGAUAUCCUUAUCCAGUAUGACAGGACUCUGUUGGUUGCUGAUCCUCGUCGUUGUGAGUCCAAGAAGUUUGGUGGACCUGGUGCUCGUGCACGUUACCAGAAGUCUUACCGUUAAAAAGAAAAUUUUACAUUUGUCUUUUCAAAUAAAAAUGACAGAAAUGUAAUACCA